AUGGCGGCCACGGCCUCGUCCAAGCCCGCGCGCGGCGACGAGGGCGACUCGGCGCGCGAGAAGCUGCCGCUCAAGCCGCAGGUGGUGCGCAUCGAGGUGCUGGGCGACGAGAAGGUGGGCAAGACGUCGCUCAUCUGCUCGCUCGUGUCGCGCCACUUCAGCGAGAAGGUGCCGAGCGUGCUGCUCAACGUGCAGAUCCCGGCCGAGGAGAGCGAUGAGAACGUCAUCAUCUCCAUCACCGACACCUCCUCUCGUGUGUCCGACCUGAUGCGCGUGACGAACGCCGCCAAGCGCAGCGACGCCAUCCUGCUGGUGUACGACCUGACGAGGCCCGAGACGUUCCAGCGGCUGCGGCGCUGGCUGGACUUUAUCGCCAAGAACAAGGAGAUCCCCGUCGUGCUGGUCGCCAACAAAGUGGACAUCAACGCCGUCACGCCCACCACGGACGGCCCCUACGCGAGCCAAGUGCGGCACCUGGUCAACACGUAUCCGUUUGUGGUGUCGGAGGUGGAAUGCUCGGCGAAGAAUUUCACGCAGGUGGCGCAGGCUUUCUUCUUGGCGCAGAAGGCGGUGCUCUAUCCUGUGGCACCGCUGUACAAUGAAAAGAAACGGCAAUUGCAACCAAAGUGCCUGAAGGCGAUCAAGCGGACGUUCCGUCUCUAUAAUCGCGAUCGCAGUGGAAUUCUUAGUCGAGAGGAGCUGAAUAAGUACCAGUACGACUGCUUCGGCGUGCGUCUUCUGUCCACGGAGAUCGAUACGUUGAUGGAGUACCUUUCGUCCGAGGUGCCGUCUGGUGUGGCUCCCGAUCGCAGCGGACUUUUUGUAGACGGAUUCAUCUAUCUGUGGUGGCUAUUUAUCGAUCGCAACCGGCCCGAGUCAGGCUGGCAGGUGUUGCGAAGUCUCGGAUACAAUAAUGACUUGCACUUGGAGAUUCCGCCCGAGCGCCUCCAGCUGCCGCCGUAUGGAGACGACCAAUCUGCGCAGCUCACUCCCCAAGCGGUCGAGUUCCUGACGAACCUGUUUCGCCAGUUUGAUGCGAACAAGGAUAACAAUAUUGCGGAGAACGAAGUUGAAGCCAUCUUUUCCAUUUGCGAGGACGAGAGUGCGCCUUGGACAACGUGCUCUGCUAUCUCAUCGCCACUUCUCUAUGAGAGAACCAUGGUAGACGGGAAGCCCACACUGUCGCUUGCCGUGUGGCUUGCUUGCUGGAGUUUUGUGGCCCAGGAAAACCCGCAGAAGCUUCUUGAAACGCUUUUUUACCUGGGCUACAAUGACAAGCUGUUCCCGGCCAUCGAGUUUGUCAAGAGUCGCAGCUUGACGCGCAAGGCCAUGAGGAUCGAUCGUAACCUGGUCUCGUGCUACAUUUUUGGCUCACCGGGUUCUGGAAAGGAGCAUUUCCUUCGUGCGUUUGUUGGUGGAAAAGAGGCACCUGUAGCAGACGAUGAUCAGUUUAUUCUGCGCGGCAUUGGGGCUGUGCCUGACCGAGACACGACAAAAUACCUCUUUGUAAGUGGAGUCGUUUGCGGCCAAUGUGGUAGAUAUCUUGUUGAUUGUGACGAAUGUGUUGCGUGCAUUGAGCAGAUCACGGAAGCGUUGUCGGAUGAGGAGAUCGAGAUGAAGGCGGAUGUCCUGCUCCUGAUGUUGAAUCCUGAGGACGAGCCGAGCAAGGUGUUUGUGGAGGAGCUGGAUAAGAAGCUGCCUGCUUCGAUUCCGCGCGUGGUCAUCAGUUACAAGCCGGAAAAGCACAACGAAGACGUGGAAAUCGACGUCGACGAGAGCACUGCCUUGGUGAAUGAAGAGCCCGUCGACUUUGCGAUUGAUGCGACGUUAAAGCAGUACCUGACGUCGCUGAAGUGCUACGAAGCGCACUGCGUCAAGGAUGAGGUUGCUCGCGCCCUCGUGGCUACUGCCUUAAGACCGUACGUGGUGGUUUGCUUGGUUUAUACUGGGUGGUGCUUAAGUCUUAUUCAUGUAUUUCUUUUUACUUGA